CCUGUCUCAGAGAAAUAGGUCAGAGGAGAUUGGAGAUGAUGAUGAUGAUAAAAAAAAAAAAACUGCCGUGCUUCCUCCAUGUCCAGGCCGUGGCAGACGGAGCUCUGAGAUUAUGCACCAAUUACAGCGUCCUCCAUCCACUGGGCGUUAAUAGGGUUUGAAGGGAUUUACAUGGUGCUGUCCAGUCAAAUGCUGCAUGCUUUGGGAAUGACAUCAUUUUGAUCACCUCACAUACCAACUGACCCCCCUGCCUUUUCGCCCGGGAGUGCAGCCAGUGUACCUGCUCUCCGGCCCAGUCUCACCGGACUGCGCUCGUCACUGCGUCUUUCUCACCGGAUUGGAGGACGUCUCCUCUGCCUCCCUCCCAUCUUUCCUCCUCUCCCCUUCUCCCCAUCGGUCGUGUUUACUAUAUGAGAGAGCCGUAUAAAUUCCUGAGUGUGCACGGAUCGCAUCCCUCAGAGGGUAACGGGAAAAGAGGGAGGAGGUGUGGAGCGAAAACAAGCGAAUUAAGGAGAGCCGUGUGUCCGUGUUUACCGCGUAUACGGGAUUUUACGCGGACCUCCACACUGCCCUCCUCCGCCGAGGGACCUCGCUGGAUGCAGAGGAGGAAGCGUUGAUGCUGGCCGAGCAGGCAGACCCGCCACGGAGGAUUUUUCAGCGUUUUAUUAAAUGAAUAUCUCACACUCGAAACAAUCGUCCGCGAUGGACUUCAUCCGUCUGCACAAGGUUCCUGGUUCUUCCAUCCUACUGAGGACAACAAUCCCUCAUGGCUCUCAUUCAUGAACCUCGUGCACCCUCACCGUCCCUCUCGGGCUUCAACUCCCCCCUCUCUGAUCCCCCGUCUUUUCGCCGCCUCGAUGCCGAAACACCUUGCACCCCGGAAAUGGACCUGACCCCGACCCAGUGCGUGCUCCGAAACGUUCUGUCCAUAGACACUGGGGGGGCAGUUGAGCCGGGGGGUGGAGGAGACGGGCAGUCUGCUGGACACAACCAAACUCCCGGCGAGGAACAACAGGAGCAUUUUGCCAACAGUGUUCUGAAGCUCCACGAGCAUGAUGGGAGCCCAGGACGGACAGAGGGAGAGGGGCAGGAGCCGGACAGCUCUGUGGUCAGGAGCCAGGCGGAUGAUGCCAGGUUACAGUGCCAGUCCACAGGAGGGGGAGGAGGGUUUCUGGAGGGGUUGUUUGGGUGCUUACGGCCUGUCUGGACUAUGAUUGGCAAGGCUUACUCCACAGAGCAUAAACACGGCCUGGACGAAGAGUGGGAGGUCCCAUUCGAAGAGAUAUCAGACCUUCAGUGGGUGGGCAGUGGAGCCCAGGGUGCCGUCUUUCUCGGAAAACUGCACGGACAGGAAGUGGCUGUGAAAAAAGUGCGGAACAUAAAAGAGACUGACAUCAAGCACCUGCGGAAGCUGAAACACCCCAACAUCAUCACUUUCAAAGGUAUCUGUACCCAGGCUCCUUGUUACUGCAUUUUAAUGGAAUACUGCGCUCAGGGACAACUGUACGAAGUGCUGAGAGCGGGCAGAAAGAUCACCCCAUCCCUGCUCAUGGACUGGGCCAUGGGCAUUGCUGGAGGCAUGAACUAUCUGCACCUCCACAAGAUCAUCCACAGAGACCUCAAGUCACCCAACAUACUGAUCACCUACGAUGACGCUGUUAAGAUCUCAGAUUUCGGCACGUCCAAAGAGCUGAAUGACAAGAGCACCAAAAUGUCUUUUGCCGGGACUGUGGCCUGGAUGGCUCCCGAGGUCAUCCGUAAUGAACCUGUCUCAGAGAAGGUGGAUAUUUGGUCAUUCGGCGUGGUGCUGUGGGAGAUGUUGACGGGGGAGGUACCCUACAAAGACGUGGACUCCUCCGCUAUCAUCUGGGGAGUGGGCAACAACAGUCUACAGCUACCUGUACCUGAUAGCUGUCCAGACAGCUUCAAACUGCUUCUGAGGCAAUGCUGGAACUGCAAGCCAAGAAACAGACCUUCAUUUCGACAGAUCCUCCUUCACCUGGACAUCGCCUCUGCAGAUAUACUGUCUACUGCACAAGAAACUUACUUUCAGUCCCAGGCGGAGUGGAGAGACGAGGUGAGACAUCACUUUGAGAAGAUCAAAUCUGAGGGAACGUGUCUUCACAGGCUGGACGAGGAGCUGAUUAAAAGACGCAGAGAGGAACUCAGGCAUGCGCUGGACAUACGGGAGCACUAUGAGAGAAAACUGGAGAGAGCCAACAAUCUCUACAUGGAGCUGAAUGCUAUAAUGUUACAGCUGGAAAUCAAAGAGAGAGAGCUGCUUAAGAGGGAGCAUUCACUGGACAAGAAGUACCCGGGCUGCUUUAAGCACCACAGUUCCAGACAGUCGGCCUCCUCAAACUCAAUGGAGAAGCUCUUGAAGAAACGGAACGUGCCACAGAAACUGCCCUCACACAGCAAGAGGCCAGACUUACUGAAGUCAGAGGUUAUCCUCCCCAAACUGGACUCAUCCAUGACCCAAGUCACCAUCCCUAACAAGGGAUCUACCUCCCCUGGACGCUCACGCCGAGGAAAACCCCGUUACAGGAAGUCCGGCAAGGGCAGCAGCGGGGACUUGGCUCAGCUCAAAGCCACUCUGUCCUCUUCUUUAGCAAUGAUCAAUGCCACCUCAUCCGUUCCCAGCAGCAAGCACCGGCUGGACCCCAGCGCAGCCCUUAGAGGCCUGCAGCACGACCUGCUGCUCAAGAAGAUGUCGUCCUCCAGCCCCGAUCUCAUUUCCACUACGCUGGAGGCAGAGGGCCGGAGGAAGGGGCAGAUGAGGCCGGGGCUGGACAGGUCAGGCAGUCAGAGCGCCUCGGCGGGGCUGGAAGAGGGCAGGGGCACCGACGGGCCGGAGGACGGCCAGGACGCGGGGAUGGGGACUGACGAUCUAGCAGAAACUCCUCCGCGGAGCGACACGCCAAGCGAGGACGCGGCGUCCAUUCCGUUCUCCAGCAGCCCGGACUCCCCCUGCGGCAGAGGGGCGGCCGCGGGCAGGGCCUCGGCUCUGGGGAACGCUCGCGCCCCGCACGACGGAGAGGAGAAGGAGGACAGCCCGGUCAUAACCCGCUCGCCCAGGAGUCAGCGCCUCACCCCGGCCGCGCUGCUGUACCGGGCAGCGGUCACCCGCAGUCAGAGACGUGGAGUGUCAUCGGAGGAGGAGGAGGGAGAAGUGGACAGUGAAGUGGAGCUGCCCAGGAGACGGAGGCCUGUGAGCAUCACCAAAUGCCAGUCCCAGUCAACCUUUAGCUCAGAGAACCUAUCGGUCUCGGAUGGAGAGGAGGGAAACACCAGUGACCACUCCCACAGCGGGACACCCGACGUGGUCAGCACCAACACGGACGAGCGCUUGGACUACAAAAGCGAUGACCUGCUGUCUCAAGGCUCGGAGAUUCCUGCCGACCCAUCUGACCCCACCCAGCUGGGCUCCGACGGACUGUCCGAAAAGGAGGCUGCCCUUCGGCAAGUCAAGACACAGCUCGCUUCAAAUGAGCAUAAUUAUGAGGGCCUGUACGACGACUCCGACUGCGACAGUGCGGAGUUGGACCACUCGUGCAGUGCAGAGACCAGCCAGCCUCCAGCCAACUGGUGAAAGAAAACCUGGAUAUCAGCCCACUCCCAAACCCACAGAUCUGGCCUCUGAAUUCACCAUAGCAAAUUUUCAAAAAGUGGAAAAAAGGUCGCUGAAAGGACAGAAAAUCAAGAUGUCUUUCAAGAAACUUGAGAUGAAAAAAGGAAGAAUCUCAUCUCCCCCUGAGAUUUAGCACUUCACCGGAGCACCAGCUGACAGAGCAACAACCUCCCUCCGAUCUCUCCAUAGCAACAGGCCCGAGAUCGGCUUCGCAAAAACGUAUUAAAUUACACCUCAGCAACAAGGGCCUUCGUUCAAAGAGGCCAAGAACACGACUCUUAUGUCUGUUGUCAUUUUCCAUGUUUAUUUUCUUUUAAAUCUCUCUCAAAGAAAACAGUGUCAUCUUAUCUUAUAAUGUGUCAUAUGAAAAGAUUCUUACAAGAUUUCUUUCGGGGCUCUUGUUACACUUUGAAUUGACAACAUUUGUGGAACAGCCAAUGAUGUCACUCCUUACACUGAAAAAGGACUGUGUCAUAAUCCAUUUCUUCUCAAAACAUUAUGCACUAACUUAUUUAUUCUUCUAGAGAAAACCGAGUGAAAAAAAAAAAUCAAUGUUUACAUUUUGUUUUGUUUACAGUAAUUUAUAUUUGUGUCAGGGUUUAAGUUUCCAUUUUCUACUUCUGUGUUUUAAUAUCAUUGUAAAUAUGAGAUGUUGCUAAAUGAACAAAUUUUCUAAAUGUGAGAUUGUAUAAUUUAAGGUGCUGAUGUUUCUCAGUAGGGUGGCACAAUUCUAUUUGAACCUCAAAAAGCUUCUGGUAGUAGAAUGUAAGCGUAGCUGCUGUUCAUGUCCGAGCAUCGAGAACACAGAACAAGAGGAACAAAGAAAAAGCAAUACGUCUGCUCUGGGAACACAUUUGGGUUCAUUUACCCUAGAUGUAGUUACCACAUCCCGGUUAGUAUGGCAGCUUUUAACUAAUUAAAAUAUAAGUUUAAAAAUCUGUUUUUUGGGCAUUUUUGGUUGUAUCAAAAGAAUGCUUCAUAUAUAUAUACUCAUACAUGUGCUUCAUAACUUAUGCUUAUUUGAUACCUCAGGAUUAAAAGGUCUUUCAUUGUGACCAACAGAAAUGAAAUAUUAACAGUAAUCCUGGCAAGACACAGAUAACGGUUCAAAAAUUAAUAAAAUGUUUAGCAGGAACAGGAGGGAUC